UCUAUAUAAAUGGUGUGUGAGGCCACUUAGGGAUCUCCAUUCUAUCUUGCAUUGCUUUCAGUAUAUCUCUACUACUUCUCAAUCUUUAUUUCAGUUACCAUUUACUAAUAGUUGGAGCUCUAAUUAAUUUCCACUAUGGAGUUUCCUCAUUUAUCCAUCUUUAUUGUGCUCAAUCUUGCACUUGUAGCAACACAUGCUGCCUUACCUCCUGAAUUAUACUGGAAGUCCAAACUUCCCACAACUCAAAUGCCAAAAGCCAUCACUGAUCUCCUUCAAGCUGAUUGGACAGAAGAGAAAAGCACAUCAGUAGCUGUAGGAAAAGGCGGCGUCAAUGUUGAUACAGGAAAAACAAAACCAGGAGGAACAUCGGUUAAUGUAGGAAAAGGUGGAGUCCAUGUUGAUGCAGGGAAAACAAAGCCAGGUGGAACAUCAGUCAAUGUAGGUAAAGGUGGAGUUCAUGUAAAUGCAGGAAAAGGAAAACCGUCCGGUGGAACAUCGGUUAAUGUUGGUCAUGGAGGCGUCAAUGUUCACGCUCCCGGAAAAGGAAGAGGAAAACCAGUUCAUGUUUUCGUUGGAAAAAAAUCACCAUUUGAUUACAAUUAUGCUGCUAGUGAGACACAAUUAAAUGAUAAACCAAAUGUAGCACUUUUCUUCUUAGAAAAAGAUUUGCAUCAAGGAACAAAAUUGAACUUGCAAUUCGCGCAAAACUCAAACGAUAAUGAUGCAAAAUUCUUGUCUAAAGAAGUUGCUAAUUCGAUACCUUUUUCAUCAAGCAAUGUUGAAACCAUACUCAACAAGUUUUCAAUCAAGGAAGGAACAAAUGAAGCUGAAAAUGUGAAGAAUACAAUAAGCGAGUGCGAAGAAAAAGGUAUCAAAGGAGAAGAAAAGCUUUGUGUAACCUCAUUAGAAUCAAUGGUUGAUUUCACUACUUCGAAACUGGGAAACAAUGUUGAAGCUAUUUCAACAGAAGUGAAAAAAGAAAGUAAUAUGCAACAAUAUGUAAUAGCAAAAGGAGUGAAGAGAUUGGGAGAUAAGAACAAAGCUGUUGUUUGUCACAAAGAGAAUUACCCUUACGCGGUUUUUUACUGUCAUAAAACGGAUACAACUAAAGUUUACUCUGUGCCUUUGGAAGGUGUUGAUGGAAACAGAGUUAAAGCUGUUGCGGUUUGUCACACUGAUACAUCACAAUGGAAUCCUAAACAUUUGGCUUUUCAAGUGCUUAAAGUUGAACCUGGAACUGUUCCAGUUUGUCACUUCCUCCCACAAGAUCAUGUUGUUUGGGUUUCUAAGUGAUUAAAACAAACAAACAGUUUCAUGAAUAGGGUUAUGCUUGAAUAAUAAACACUUUACAGCAGCUAGCUACUUUGAAGAUAUUAAAAUAUAAAAGUUGUAUGUUUAAUUAUGUUAUAUGAUUACAAGUUUGUGUAUGUCCACAUGAUGUAUUAAUUAUUAUGGUUAGCACUAUGUUAUGUAAUGUUCUAAAUGAAAUACAAUAUGAAAUAGAGCUGCUUUACUUUAA